GCAGUUUGACCCUCAGGGAUUGAUUUGGAACAGCAAGCAGAUCACGCCACAAACCUGUGAAGAGAUGCAUGCUGUAUUAAGGAGGUCACUUCCAGACAAGAUGUCUGGUACAUUAUUUUUGGGCACCCAUGUCUGAAGAAGAUUUUGUGCGAGCUACAAAAUCAGGCCAAAUUUCUAACUGAUCCAGUGCAAGUAUUUCACCAGUGUCACUGGGGAAAGUGACUCUCAUUAAUCAGCAACCUUGGGCUUUAUACCAAUCAUUAACAAUAUGGGCAGGUAAAUCCAAGGUUAACGGCACGCUGCUCAGGAUUUAAAAGGUAGCGUCACAUAACAAAUGUUGGCUGUCAUUGAAGAUGGAUUCCGCCGUGCCUCGCUUUCAUGGCAGUGCUGUCUGUUUUGUCUUUGUUCUCAUCUGCUUUGGAGAGGCAAAGAGGCUGCUAGUGAUACCUCAGGAUGGAAGCCACUGGCUCAGCAUGCGUGCUGUAGUGGAGAAGCUCAGUGAAAGAGGGCAUGAGAUAGUUGUGGUGGCUCCAGAAGUUAAUCUGCUCAUGAAAGAAUCAAAGUAUUACACAAGGAAAAUAUUUGCUGUGCCGUAUACAGCAGAUGAUCUUUCCCAGCGUUUCCGUUCGUUUGGCAACCAGCCCUUUGAUGAAGUCUCUUUUCCUGCCAUGAUUUUAGGAGCAUAUAGGAGCUUAAUGCAUCUCAUUGAGAUGUUUUUCAUUAAUUGCAAAAGCCUUCUGAGGAACAGAGAAGUCAUGAAGUACCUGGAAGAGACUCAGUUUGAUGCACUUUUCACAGAUCCAGCUUUGCCAUGUGGAGUCAUCCUCGCUGAACAUCUCUCCAUCCCUUCUGUGUACUUCUUUCGUGGAUUCCCAUGCGGUUUAGAGAAUGCUAUCAGCAAAUGUCCAGACCCAGUUUCUUAUGUCCCAAGAUGCUAUAGCAGCCACACUGAUCACAUGACAUUUGCCCAGCGAGUGUUGAACCAGCUCAUUAGCUUCUUAGAGACGCCACUUUUUAAGAGACUGUAUAUUCCUUACCAAGAGCUUGCUUCAGAACUCCUUCAGAGAGACAUUCACUUACCAACACUUUACAGAAAUGGCUCUGUCUGGCUUUUACGAUAUGACUUUGUAUUUGAGUAUCCCAGACCUGUGAUGCCAAAUAUGGUCUUCAUUGGAGGAAUUAACUGUGAAGAAGGCAAAAUCCUGCCAGAGGUAGGUGCUAUGUAUCAAUGGUUUUGAGCUUAGAUCUGUGUUGCUGCCAUGCUCCUUGCUACGAACACAGCCACACUUGAAUGAAUUAUCAUAGUGAGAUGUUGAUUUCUGUACUCCUGUUUGAAAACAAGUUUGGUAGGGGCAUGAGAUGGGACAUUUGUGGCUGUAGCUCAGCAGUUGUGGAGAUAAACCUUUGCUUAAAGAAAACUGCCUGGUCCUGUGAUUAUUUGAUCUGAGAAACAUGGCCGUAUUGACUUGUUACAGCAGGGGUUUGUCAAAAUUGCAUUUCUGGUGCUUGUUGAUAUUGAGGGAUAGUGUAUAAACUAUAUCUGCUGUUUUCCAUUUCAUUUGUGACUUUUAACUGUUAUUAUAUUUUUAUGUCACAAGUUAGUUGCAACCUCUUUAAUAGGCCCCAUGCAAGCUACACUGUUAUUCAGGAGGGAUGGUUAAGGGUGGGGGGGGAAUGAAAAAGGUGUUAUUUGAGUACGAUACAAACCAACACCCCCACAGAGCUGGAUCAAAUUAAAAAGAGCAGUGUAGUAGAAGCUAGGGAGAAGGAGGAGAGAGAAAUAGAAGAAAUGGGUAUGUGUGCAGUUAUAUUCCUGGCCUUCUUUACAAACUAUAUGAGAAACAUGUCAAAAUGGAGGGGGAACAAGAGUGCCUGGGUGAAUCUAAAAAGGAAGGCAUUCCUUGAGCACAAUGUUUUACUGGGCAAGGAUCACACGAUGAGCAGCUACAGGGAUGGGGGCUCAAAGAAGGGAGACUCAAGUCAGCCUGCCUGGGUUUAUGCCACUAACUGCUCCCCUAAAAUUACACUGGUUUCAGAAGUCUAAGCUCAGUUAUAGUCUUAGAAAGAAAAAACAAACGAACUAAAUGCAUUUGCAAUGAAGUAUCAAGGUGCAGAAAAGGAAAGAAUUAAUGAGAUGUCCUUGACAACAGGGAAUGCUUGACUCUAGAUGGAUGCGUACAUUUCAAGCACCACCACCCCACCCCACCCCGGAAAAAUAAACCUGGAAACUGUGAUUGAUUAAGUGUGCUGGGAGCUGUAGCUCUGUGAUCAACAAACUACAGUUCCCAGGAUUCUUUGUGAGGGGAGCUUUAAUUGUGUUUGCAGCCUUAUUGGGAGGUCACAGAGGUUUCAGUAGCCAACUGAUAAGUGAUACAGUGUGGUUUUGAUUGAAUUAUCAAACAGGGAACACAUGACUUUAGCUCUUCCAAGUUCAGCUGUCAAGUCAGCAGGAAAAGUCUGGGGCAUUCUCCUCUGCAUUUCAGUAGGGGGUGUUGACUGGGACUGAGAAAUGAAUCCUGUCCUAACUUGUUAGCUCUUGCCGGGGAACAUUUCCAGAUAAAACAGAGAAUUGUGAACCAAGGGGAUAGUGUGAGAAGGAACAGAAAAUGGGGGCAAAUUUUUAUUUUAGACUUUGGCAGCCUAACUGCAGACCUGUAGCCUCUACUAUGGGUCGGCCAAUCAUGUUACAUCACUCAAGAAUCAGGUGGACUCUAACGUGUUGGAAUACCCGAUAAGGAAAGCUCUGGUUUAAAGAGUUGUGGUAGCAAGUACUUAAUGCCCUGAUAAGGAGUGACAGCCCCCACUACCUGCCAGUACGUUCCUGCAUGUGUUACUAUGAUGGAUGAUAGGAUAUUGUGCAACUUGACACCCAGUCACAGCACACCAGUAUACAGUAGGCCUGCAGCUUACACAGGGGUACAUUUCAGGGAUUGUGCCUAAAGCUAAAACCAUGAAUAGUCAAUAUACAAUGGCAGGUGGUAUUGCCAAAGUACUUUUUCCCUCCCCUUUUUAUUCCCUCCCUCUGCCCCCUAUUUAUUCAUUCAUUGCCAAGUGAAUUAAGCUGAAUGCGCACAAGUUAGAUGUGAGUAAGUUGUGGGCUUACUAUACAGGAGAAUCAAAUGGGGCUAUAUCCCUUGGCUUAUGCUGUGCAUACUUAGAGCUCACAAGGUGGGAGAACAUGUGCUUUGUGUUUUUUUUAAUUAAUAUUUAUUAAAGUUUCAGAAAGAAUAAAAUCACAUUAAUAAACAAGAAGAUUUUAACAAAACAGAAAACAAUACACCAAACAAAAUACAAAAUACAAAGUAGAAAAAAGUAAAAAAAGAAAAAAGAAAGAAAAAACAGUUAAAAAUAGUUCCGUCCUUUCAUAACCUCUUUUAGGUUUACUUAUUUCCCGGACUUCCUCAUACCUCCCUCUUUUGUAUUCCAAUUCAAUUUAUAAACCCAGCAAUUUCUUUCCCUCCUUUUUAAUUCCAAUCCUAAAUCUUAAUAUAUUAUGACAUUAAAUUUUUACCUAUUUGAACCAAUUUUUCCAUUUCUCUUAAUCUUUUUAGUCUUAAUCCUUAAUCUUGAUACAUUUAUUGCUUUAAAACCUGUUCAGCUAGAAGCCACUUAACUUCAAACCAAUAUCACUCUAACAUUCAUUAAUUUUGCAGUGUUUCUGUAAAUAAACUUUAAAUUUCUUCCAAUCUUCUUCCACCGACUCUUCUCCCUGGUCACGGAUUCUGCCAGCCAUUUCCGCCAAUUCCAUAUAGUCCAUCAUUUUCAUCUGCCAUUCCUCCAGUGUGGGUAGCUCUUGUGUCUUCCAAUACUUUGCGAUAAGUAUUCUUGCUGCUGUUGUAGCGUACAUAAAGAAAGUUCUGUCCUUCUUUAACACCGAUUGGUCGACUAUGCCCAGGAGAAAGGCCUCUGGUUUCUUCAAGAAGGUAUAUUUAAAUACCUUUUUUAAUUCAUUAUAAAUCAUCUCCCAGAAAACCUUAAUCCUUGGGCACGUCCACCAAAGGUGAAAGAAUGUACCUUCAGUUUCUUUACAUUUCCAACAUUUGUUAUCGGGCAAAUGGUAGAUUUUUGCAAGCUUGACUGGGGUUAUGUACCACCUGUAUAUCAUUUUCAUAAUAUUCUCUCUUAGGGCAUUACAUGCCGUAAACUUCAUACCUGUGGUCCAUAACUGUUCCCAGUCAGCAAACAUAAUAUUAUGUCCGACAUCUUGUGCCCAUUUAAUCAUAGCAGAUUUCACCGUUUCAUCCUGAGUAUUCCAUUUCAACAGCAAGUUAUACAUUCUUGACAAAUUCUUAGUUUUGGGUUCUAAGAGUUCUGUUUCUAAUUUUGAUUUUUCCACCUGGAAGCCAAUUUUCUUGUCCAAAUUGUAUGCCUCCAUUAUCUGAUAAUAAUGAAGCCAGACUCGCACUUUAUUUUUUAGUUUUUCAAAACUCUGCAGUUUCAAUCUAUCUCCAUCUUGUUCUAAAAUUUCCCAAUAUUUCGGCCAUUUGACCUCCAUAUUGAGCUUUUUCAAGGCUUUCGCUUCCAUCGGUGACAGCCACCUUGGGGUUUUAUUUUCCAAUAAGUCCUUAUAUCUUAUCCAAACAUUAAACAAAGCUUUCCUGACAAUAUGAUUUUUAAAUGCUUUAUGUGCUUUGACCUUAUCAUACCACAAAUAUGCAUGCCAUCCAAAUACAUUGUUAAAACCUUCUAGAUCCAAAAUGUCAGUGUUUUCAAGAAGCAGCCAUUCUUUCAACCAGCAAAAAGCUGCUGAUUCAUAAUAAAGUUUAAGGUCUGGCAGGGCAAAUCCACCUCUUUCCUUUGCAUCUGUUAGUAUUUUAAAUUUUAUUCUGGGCUUCUUGCCCUGCCAGACAAAUCUAGAAAUAUCUCUCUGCCACCUCUUGAAACAGUCCAUUUUGUCCAGAAUUUGCAGUGUUUGAAACAAAAACAACAUUCUAGGCAAUACAUUCAUUUUUACCGCAGCAAUACGGCCCAGCAGUGAAAGCUUCAAAUUUGACCAAAUUUCUAAAUCUUUAUUCACUUCAGCCCAACAUUUUUCAUAGUUAUCUUUAAAUAAAUUCCCAUUUUUGCUGUCAUGUUAAUCCCCAGAUAUUUAACUUUCUUAACCACUGUUAAACCUGUCGCAUUCUGAAACCUCUCUCUCUCCAUUGGUGUUAGAUUUUUCUCUAAAACCUUAGUUUUUAACUUGUUCAAUUUAAAUCCUGCAACCUGACCAAAUUCUUGAAUUAGUUCUAAAACCCUUUUGGUACUAGAUUCUGGCUCCUGUAACGUCAAUACUAAAUCAUCUGCAAAUGCUCUCAAUUUGUACUGUUUAGCUCCGACCUGUAUACCUUUAACCAACUGGUCCCUUCUAAUCAUGUUCAGCAAAACCUCCAGGACCGAAAUAAAAAGUAGUGGGGAAAUUGGGCAUCCUUGUCGUGUCCCUUUUUCUAUCUUAAGUUCUUCCGUCACCACAUUAUUUACAAUUAAUUUAGCCUUUUGUUCUGAAUAAAUUGCACUUAUACCAUUUUCAAAGCCUUGGCCUACCCCCAUACCCUGUAGGUUCUUCUUCAUAAAACGCCAAGAAAUGUUGUCAAAAGCUUUCUCCAUGUCCACAAAUAUCAAAACUGCUUUAGUAUUUAUGUUCACUUCUAGUUUUUCCAAAAUAUCAAUUAUAUUCCUCAAAUUGUCAGACAAGUGUCUUCCCGGGAGAAAGCCCGCUUGAUCUUUAUGAAUCUCUUCCAUCAACACUUUUUUAAAUCUCUUAGCCAAAAUGUCUGCAAAAAUUUUGUAAUCCACAUUAAGUAAUGAUAUGGGGCGGUAGUUCUUAAGCUGUGUCUUUUCAGUCUCUGUUUUCGGUACAAGUGUAAUAUAAGCUUCUUUCCACGACUCUGGUGCCCUUUUCCCCUCCAUUAUUUCAUUACAGACCUCUUUCAAGGGUUGUACUAGCCUUUCUUUCAAAGAUCUAUAAUAUCUAGAAGUCAAUCCAUCCGGUCCUGGAGACUUACCCAGAGAACAUGUGCUUUGAGGGUCAUUGAAGGAGCCGUGAAAUAGGCAAGUUUGCUGAUGAUACAAAAUCUUCAGUGUGAUGAAAACAAAAAGAGAUUGCAUUCAAUGUAAGCAAGUGCAAAGUGAAGCAUGAAAGCCAAAGAAGUGUGGGUGGGACAUUUUCUCCUAGUCUACUGGCCACGUUUUCUGCAGCUGGGGAGAAAAGCCUUAACUUUCUCCCCAUUUGUUGCCAUCUCCCCCUAACUGCACCCCACUUGGCAAUUAGUCUCAGUACAUGGAAACUUCCCCCAAAUUGCUGUGCCAGGAUGAGGCACAGGAUUAUGAGACAGUUGCAGCUACCUCCAAAUUCACACCCUUCCUGCAGAACAAUUAGACUAAUGGGGAAAUGUGACCUUUUUUUUUUUUUUUAACUGCAGGGGGAGAAAGGGAAAGAAAAGAGAAAUAAAUAAAGAAUAAGUGAGGUGGACGGGAGUUUUAAAUUGCUGUGAUUGGAAGGGAGGGAGGAUGCUGAUGGGUAAAAGUUUUCUGAAAGUAGCAUGUAUGUGUGGAUAAAUAUGUGUUAAUUGGAACUUAUUUUGAUUUUGGCCUUGCCCACCACUGGCAUGAGGCAGUUGCCUGUGAAAGGAUUGUGACCUGUGACUUAAAAAAUGUUCUCUGCCCAUGCUCUAGAUUCUGGCAGCAGAGUCUGGCUACAGAUCUUGGCAGUGGUUUUGUAAAUAUAUAUGGCUUCCCAUUGUUCCAUUCUUAUGGAGGCAUAUUUGUGUAGUAUCCUCUUUUUGUUAAGGUGGAGCUUUUGCUUGGGAGAAGUCUUCCACUUCAGUGUCAGGGGUCUCUGUGGAACAAAUGUUGGUCUUAGCCAUUCUCAUCCUCCCUCAGAAUCUAUACAUUUAUUUACAAUAUGCCCCAUAUUUAUGUUAACAUUGCCAAGGCUCGAAGUUACAGUAUUGGCUGUUUGCAUUUGCAAUUACAUGCACAUUUCUCUUUGGUGUUUGUACAAUAAGCUUGGUUUCAGAUCCUCUUGUCUCAUUGGGAGGGGUGGAAAGGCAAAACCUCAUCAGGUGAGAACAUCACUCUCACUGCUUGAGGAUCUGAACUGGCCGCAAGCCCUUCCUGUGUCCUGGAGACUCCAGUAUAGGAGAAGCCUUUUUGCCAGCACCUUUGAAACCCCAGCAGACCACUUUGCCAUCCUUGGACUCCAGUCUGGAAGCCCCAGCCAAACAGUGGUCUUCCCAGCGCCAUCACUCAGCUGCUCCUGAAGUAAGUUAGAGCCAGGGCUGGCCCAAGACAUUUUGUCACCUGAGGUGAGCCACAAAAUGGCUCCCCCCCCCCAAUCCACCAGUGAAAGUCGAGAACAGAGGGGUAAUAAAGAUCCUCGUAGAGAACAAGGAGGAAGUAAAGAUCUACAUCAAGAGCGGGGUGGGGGGCAUCAAAUCAACCUUACCCAAUGGUUGAAGUGGGAAUCAAAGACUAUUUUGUGUUGGGGGGCUGUUCUGCAUCACAUUGGGUGGGUGCAGAACCCAGGAGACCCCAGAGGGCAACCCUCACCAUUUUCUUGCUAUGGGUGGGAGACGAGCAGUGCCUCCUUUUUGCAGAGAGGCCUCUGUAGAGGUGGCCUGGGGGUGGGCUGCCAAGGAGGUGGUAGAUCUGCCCCCAAGUAGCAGCCAGCAAUGCAUUUCUUGGAGACUGAAACUGCUGCCCCUGUGGAUCUUGCUGCCCGAGAUUUUGCUCUCUCAGCCUGAGAGUCACAAGGAGCUAUCCAAGGUGCUGUCUUUGCUGGUCUGCGGCCGAAAUAAAAUUUGGUGCUGAUACUAUGUUUUCUUUGAAUUUGGCCUUAUCUGACCUCUGUGUUGCCCGACUGUGAUUCAACAGAACCUGAAUUAUUACGUGUUUUCCUUACUAGCACACAAACUCACACCUAAGAUAUCUCCGAUGUUUGUGUUACAGCUCCAUUUGGCUAAGAUAAAUGGGUUCUUUAAAGAAGUCCAGCAUUCCCUUCCUCAGGGUGAAAGCAGGAGCUCCCACAUCCCUGGUGUCAGGCCGCCAGCUGGCCAGGAAAGCAAGAGUGGGGAGUGAUAGGCGCAAAUGGGGAGAAGAGAGAUGUAGCUCAGCAUGGCUCAUGAUAAGGCUGGCAAUGGCGGUGUCGCUGUCAUAACUGCAUCCCAAACAUGCUCCCCUGGCACCACACAAUUAAAAGAACUGUAUCAGACUUUGUGAGGAGUACGAAGGGGAAUUAUGGGUAAAUCUGAGGCUAUUGGUGAUAAAAUCUCACAUUAUCACUGCUCAGAUAAUGAUGAGUCGGCUCAGAAGCUGAAAGACUCCUGCAGAGCACAGUGUUAUAUUAGGUGGUGAUGAAACUGUGCAAGAAGUUUAUUUAAUAUGAACAUUUAAAUUAAAUAACGUGUCACACAAAUACAAUCCUAUAGAGCAAUGAUGUUUUCAGUUGAAGAAUAAAUAGGAUUCAUUAUGUAAAAACAAGAACUAUCAAGUCCACACUGAUAAAUUCCUAGCAGGGUUGGAGAAAUAUCUUGCUUCCACUGGCCUGAUCCUUCUCAGGGUUGACCCUGUGGGCAAGGUGCUUUGAAGUCCUGAAGUUGAGACUUAAAAACACCUUGCAAGAAGCUGGUAAAACAAGUAUUCCCCCUUCAUUUUAGCAUGGAUUUCAGUGCAACCCCUUCCUGAAUCUCUCAGAUGCCCACCAGCUGUACUUGCCCAUCGGCUGACAUCAUUUAUGACAAUGGCAUCUGAUGGAUGCAAGGAUGGGAUUAAAUACUGCAUUGACUCUGUGCCUGUUCCUUAGCUGAGCAGGCUCUAACCACUACUCAUUCGCUCACUUCUUUUAUUAUAAUUACAAUGGAAAGGUUUUAUUGUUUUCAAACAUAACAACUGCAAAAGUAUUCUCUGUAACAAUGCAAGCAAUAACAAGAAAAUGAAGGAUGGCUAAACAUUUUGUAUAAUUCCAGUAGUACCUUUUAUAAGCUUUAGCACCUCCCAAAGUAAAUGUUUAACUAGAAGCCUUGGCUUUUAGUUAAAUGUUUACUUCAAGAGAGCACACAAGGGCAAACUUUGCACUCCAGUAUAUAAGGGGCUGGCUUGGAGCAUACAGCUGAUACUUUCUGAGAGAGCAGCAAGCAGACAGACCAAAAAAAUGGCUCCCAUGGCCUGCUCCCAGGCAUACGUUUCCAUCCUCAUGCUGCUUCUAUAUUCUUCGAGUUUUGUUUCUGGUGGGAAACUCCUGGUGGUACCCAUGGAUGGAAGCCACUGGCUCAGCAUGCAAUCCAUCCUGAACCAACUCAAGAAGAAUGGACACGAGAUAGUCGUCGUUGCACCUGAAAUCAAUAUGCACAUAAAAGCGUCAGAUGAUGUUUAUACUUUGAAAAGUUAUCCAGUGCCCUUCACCCAAGAAGAAAUGGAUAUCUCUAUUAAAGAAUUUGGAAAUGACAAUUUUCAAGAGCUUCCUUUUUUGGUCAGGUUUUUUAGAACAAUUGAGAGAAUGAAACAGACAAAUGCUAUGUUCUUAGCUGCCUGCACACAUUUACUAUACAACCAAGAACUGAUGAGCUAUAUCAAGGAGAGCAAAUUUGAUGCUCUCUUUACAGAUCCUAUGAUGCCUUGUGGCCAGAUAGUUGCUGACUACUUUGGCAUCCCUUCUGUCUUUUUCUUACGAGGAAUACCAUGUGGUUUUGACUUUGAAGCUGCGCAGUGUCCGAGACCUCCUUCUUAUGUCCCAAGAGGUAUGACAGGAAACUCAGAUCAUAUGACGUUUGCCCAGCGUGUGAAAAAUAUGCUGUUCCACCUGGCAGAAUACUUCCUCUGCAGUUUUGUCUACUCUCCUUAUGCAAGUCUUGCUUCAGAGUUUCUGCAGAGAGAUCUGAGUCUCACAGAACUUCUAAGUCAUGGAUCCAUCUGGCUGAUGAGAAUGGACUUUGUGGCUGAAUAUCCAAGGCCACUAAUGCCAAAUAUUAUUAUAAUUGGAGGGGUAAACUGUGCUUGGAAGAAGCCGUUAUCUCAGGUUGGUAAUGCUGCUGCUGCUUGUUAUUAUUAUUAUUAUUUUAUUUUUGUUGUUGUUAAAUUUAUUAUGACAGGAUUCUGAAUUCUGUAGAAUUUCUUUUAUGAGUAGAAGCAUGAUUUUUAGACUUUCUAGUCAAUCACCAGUUUGGUGCAACCAGUGCUAUUUUUUCUUUUGUAGUACAGUUUGAUAUUAAUUCCAACCACCACCACCCCCCCAGCAAAAAAAACCUCAAUAGAAAACAUGCAGUGAGUUCACUAAAUAAUCUAUAAAUAGUCUAUAAAAUAUACAAAAUAUCUAUAAGUGGUAAGAACUCUUCUAAUAACACCUCAUUAACUGAACUGAAAAUGCAUGCCUGAAUGAGAUUUCCCCUGGUGCCUAAAGGAGAACAAUGGCACCAGGCAGCGCUUCUUGAUGAGGCCAAGAGCAAGCCCCCUUUCCCCAUCCAUGCCUGCAGCGUGCGCUGAUGUUGUGUCUAGUUUUUGGGCAGCCACAGCUGAGUCAGAACAGCUCAUCCCAGCUCAUCCACCCAGGUUUCAGGAACACGAGCAAUAUCGGUAUUGUCAUUCUCAAUCAAGUCAUGAAUGGCUCAGAAAUCAUGUUCCAAUUUUCUCCAUGAGCCAGAUUGCAACAAUGAUUAUCAUGAACGAUCUCAAGCAACUUUGGCCAAGGAAUUUGGGGAAAUGGCAUAAUUCAAUUGAUGCCGAGCUGAAGUCUUGGAAACACCUAAGGCUUAGUUGCCUGGACUGGAUUGCAGCAAUUAAGACCUGUUUUACCAAGAUUCCCAUUUUUGUUUCCAACCCUCCCUGUAACUAUCCCCUCAGAUAUCUUUGUUAAAUGGCAACUGUUGCUUAAUGGAUUUAUUGCUUGGGGAAGCGUGGUCAUGUGACCAAUAAGACCCUCUAUAGACCUUGGAUGAAGGAAGGACUGAGAAUGCCUGAUCUGAAGUACCAUCAUGAGGCUUUUCAUCUAAAGAAGCUAAUUAGAAUAGUCAAAGAGACCCUAUGAAUUAAUUCCCUCUAGUCCUUCAAUAUGUGUGCUGCUGUUUCUUAGUAUAUCUAGACCUAUAUUAAGGGAUAUAUCUCAUCUUUUUUUGAAGAGAGCAUUGAUAAUGUGGAGGAAGUGUAGAGGUUCUCUGGCCCAGGGCACCUCUCUGCUCUUUCCAUAUUGGAAUCAUCCAGCCUUCAGACUGGAAGAGGUAUGAGCAAUUCCACUUGUGGAAAGAUAGGGGUCUAUAUAGACUGUAUAGACUGUAUGACAUCUAGCAUGCGCUCAGCAUGUGUCUGAAGCCAAGUAUGCAUGGUCAACAGCCGCCCUGGACAAAGAAUUGACCUGAGCCUCCAUGGACAGCUGUGAGUCCAGACUGACUCCCAGGCUGUGCACCUGGUCCUUCAGGGGCAAAGUUACCCCAUUCAGGACCAGGGAGUCCUCCACACCUGCCUGCCUCCUGUCCCCCAAAAACAGUACUUCUGUCUUGUCAGGAUUCAACCUCAAUCUGUUAGCCGCCGUCCAUCCUCUAACCGCCUCCAGACACUCACACAGGACCUUCACCGUCUUCACUGGUUCUGAUUUGAAAGAGAGGUAGAGCUGGGUAUCAUCCGCAUAUUGAUGAACACCCAGCCCAAACCUCCUGAUGAUCUCUCCCAGCAGCUGCAUGUAGAUGUUAAAAAUCAUGGGGGAGAGGACAGAACCCUGAGGCGCCCCACAGGUGAGAGCCCAGGAGUCUGAACACUCAUCCCCCAACACCACUUUCUGGACACGGCCCAGGAGGAAGGAGCAGAACCACUAUAUAACAGUGCCCCCAGCUCUCAGCCUCUCUAGACGGUCCAGAAGAAUGUUAUGGUCGAUUGUAUCAAAGGCCGCUGAGAGAUCCAGCAGAACUAGGAAACAGCUCUCACCUUUGUCCCUAGCCCGCCGGAGAUCAUCGACCAGCGCGACCAAGGCAGUUUCAGUCCCAUGAUGAGGCCUGAAUCUCGACUGGAAGGGAUCCAAAUGGUCCACUUCUUCCAGGUGUGCCUGGAGCUGUUCAGCAACCACUCGCUCAAUCACCUUGCCCAAGAAUGGAAGAUUUGAGACUGGGCCAUAGUUGGCCAUAUUGGUCGGGUCUAGAGUUGUUUUUUUAAGAAGCGGUUAAAUGACCGCCUCUUUGAGCAGGUCUGGGAUGGCUCCCUCACAGAGAGAAGCAUUCACCACCCCACAAAGCUCAUUGCCCUGCCCUUCCCGGCUAGCUUUUAUAAGCCAGGAUGGACAAGGAUCAAGGUGGUUGGCUUCACUCGUCCAAGCAGCCUGUCCACAUCCUCAGAGGUAACAGAUUGAAAUUGAUCCCAAGCAACUUGACUAGACAGGACUCUAGCACUCUCCUGCCCUGGCCCUGCUCCCAUGGUGGAGUCUACCUCUUCCCGAAUCUGAGUGACUUUAUAUAAAUCCGGUAAUGGGCACCAGGUGAUUACAUUCCCUUUCUGAUCAAAUGUGUACAUGGGCUCGGGUGAAUGUAAUGUGCUCUGUGGGAAGCUACCCUUGAAGAUGAUUUGAAAAUUAGCGCUACAGUAUGUGGAGGCCAUGGUGCUGACGUUGGGCACUUGGCCACACAAAAGCUUUGGAGCUCCCAGCCUGCAAUGCAUGUCACUAAAACUAAAGCAUUAAAAGAACAAAAAACCUUACAGCAUUCAAUUAUAUUGUCAAGUAGCACCUUAAAGGUAAAGGUAAAGGUACCCCUGCCCGUACGGGCCAGUCUUGCCAGACUCUAGGGUUGCGCGCCCAUCUCGCUUAAGAGGCUGGGGGCCAGCGCUGUCCAAAGACACUUCCAGGUCACGUGGCCAGCGUGACAAGCUGCAUCUGGCGAGCCAGUGCAGCGCACGGAAACGCCGUUUACCUUCCCGCUAGUAAGCGGUCCCUAUUUAUCUACUUGCACCCGGGGGUGCUUUCGAACUGCUAGGUUGGCAGGCGCUGGGACCGAGCAACGGGAGCACACCCCGCCGCGGGGAUUCAAACCGCCGACCUGACGAUCGGCAAGUCCUAGGCGCUGAGGUUUUACCCACAGCGCCACCCGCGUCCCUCCCAAGUAGCACCUUAGAGACCAACUAAGUUUGUUCUUGGUAUAAGCUUUUGUGUGCAUGCACACUUCUUCAGAUAUACACGACUACCUACCAGAAUCCAUUAUAUUGUAUUUGUUUCUCAAAAAAACCAAGCAAGCCAGAUAGAAAAGCUUAAACCCUUGAUUCUGUAAGGAAGCAAUUUGAGGGGGAGACCGGUCCUCUCCCUGUUUUUGUUGUUUAUUUUAACAGCAACAGAAAAAGGAGCAUGUGCUCCACUGAGUCUAAACUGUAGAUAAAAAAGAAGAUGAAAUAAAUACCAAAUCAAGCUAAUAGCUAAUGGGCAAAACAGAAGCUUGCAACUUUUGCAAUGACAUCUAUAUUUUUAAAAUAAAAAUAAUACAAAGGACUUGUGCAAAAACAGUCUUGUAGAAGACCUCUGUGUUAAAAACAUUAUUUAAGGGUUGUACAUAUAUAUUGCAGUUACAGUCCCCAAAGAUCUUUUGGGCAUGCCUUCAGUGAGCAUCAGUCAGUGGUAAUAGACAAGGGGUAGGCAACGUAAGGCCUGUGGGCUGGAUGAGGCCCAAUCGCCUUCUCAAUCCGGCCUGCGGACAGUCCGAGAAUCAACAUGUUUUUACAUGAGUAGAAUGUGUGCUUUUAUUUAAAAUGCAUCUCUGGGUUAUUUGUGGGGCAUAGGAAUUCGUUCAUUAUUUUAUUUGUUCAUUAUAGUCCUGCACACCACAUGGUCUGUGAGGGAUGGUGGACUGGCCCACGGCUGAAAAUAGUUACUGACCCCUGCAAUAGACGAAUUAAGAUCAUUUGAGUUGAGUUGUUGCUAGAUUGUAUUUAGGUGAGCAGCGCACAGAAGGUGUGUGGUGAUAAAAAAGCACCACCUAGACAUCACCAUGUACAUGACGAAAAAUUUAGGAGUAAGAAAUUUAAUAAACUUUAAAGAAAAAAAGAACAAAAUAUUCAUCUUGCUGGAAUGUAGUAACCUUUAACAUCUUCAACAAGUAGUUAUGAAAUUUUAUGACCUCCGCUUGUUACAAAACCAAAGUGUUUAACUGUGAUGAAUCAUCUUCUAUAACUGUAGUAACUUAAGAUUUCGUUAAUGUAAAUAACUCAACUGGAAUUCUUAUGAUUAGAUAAUGGUCUAAUGCUGGUGGCUAUAGGUUCAGCAGAGUCAAGACGUUAAACAUUUACUUGAGGAGUUCCGGGCCACUGGCAGAGGAACGGGAGCGCAGAGGGAGCAGACUGCCCCGGCACCACUAUUCCGGUAGGGUGCCAUCGCGGCGCCCCCUGGACAUGCGCCGUACAUCCCCACGUGUGCGCCAGGUGCCACGCCCCCAGGUGGCGCGUCACACCCCCAGAAUGUGUGCCACGCCCCUGCGGGCGGUGCACCAUGCCCUCGCGGGCGGCAUACCAGACUCCCGGGAUGCGCGCCAUGCCCCUGGGGGCAACGUGUCAUGCCCCCAGGGCACAUACCAUGCCUCUGCCUGCUUAGGUGAAUUUUACUGUGCAGUAGGUGAGAAUGUUUUAAAUAAUUCUCACUUCUGGAAAAGGUUGUUCAAGUAUUUAAAAACAUAUCUCAGAUUAUUUCCAUGUUUGCUUCUACUUGUAUGACAGAGAGCUAGCAGAGCAACUUUGAUGCCAUAUCUUAGGAUCCCAUGCUCCUUGGGCUGAAUAUAUUUCCUUGAUUAUAGUCUACUUCUUGCAUAGACUUCCAUAUGGUUUGAAUUCUGAAGCAGCCCAGAAUCCAAGCCCCCUGCCUUAUAUCUCAGGAACUUACACAGCUUAUUCUUUUUUAAGUAAAACAUCCCUUUGGUCACUGAGGUAUGAAUUUGGAUUUGAUUACCUCAGACAUGGUUUUAAUUGGAGAGAUAAACUCUGAACAGAGAAGGCAUUAUCCAAGGUUUGAAACACUUUCUCAUGAAAUUACUAUAUAUCUGCAAUUUUACAGGACCUCCGUCACCUGCAUUAUGCUAUGAUCUGUGCCUUGACUGGAGUUAUUAAGGAGGUAGCAACUCUACUCAAUAUGUUGGGAUCCUUGACAAACUGAUUUGCUUUUGUUUCUGCUCCACUGAUGCCAAACAUGUUUGUCUGGAGCUAAGCACUAUUUUCAUGUUAAAAAAGGAUAGUGGGUGAUACCCAGUGCUGAAGCUUCACCAGUGCAAUGGACUUUGUGCAGGCAGUGGAACUCUGUCCUUUCCUAUUCCCUUCCAGCCCACCCCCGCCCCAAAAAACCCCUCAAAAUCAACUCCAGAUGGUUGGAAGUCCCUCCGUUGCAUAUUCUGGAGAUGGAUGUGGGAAGCAGAGGAAACAAUCAUUGCACGAAGCAAACAGAGGGAGAAUUGAAUGCAUCUCAAUAUGUAUUUAAAAUAAAAAUAUUAAAAUGAAUGUCUGUUACCAUAUGCUACACUGGCUUGCUGCCAUCUGACUAAGAAUUUUUUUUUUUAAGUAACAAGAGAGGAUGAUGCAGCAGUUGGCACUGGCUACUCCUGGUGCUGAUGCUAGGCCUAUCUGCUGCUGCCUCUGCAACCUGCCUCGCUCUGGGUGGUCAUGGGGGUAGGCUGUAUAAUUCCUUUAAUUUCUGCCUUUCCUCUCUAUGAGGAAACUCACAAUAAGGAGUUGCUAGCUGUAAUGCUUGAUAUCAGAAAUAAGAUAUUCCGGCUCCACUUGUCCUCUCUUUUACAUAGAAAUAUGUACAAGAGAUUAUGUUUUCUUUAAUAUUGUUACCGGCCACUCCAAUUCCUGCUGAGCCGUGCACAGGAUUCCAGAGGUCUUGGCCCUAAACCAGGGUCUGUGCUCCUUUGGGGAAUUGAAGACACACUGCAGGCUGUCGUAGCUUUAAGAAAUAUGGUUUAUUCACCUAUUUACACCUUCAGUCUGCCUGGAGGGAGUCCAGAUCUUAUAGUACGGUCGCGUCAAAAGAGGCUUGUUCCCCACAGCAGUGCAGCCCUGGAGUCCAAGGCCUCUCUCCCAGCCUCCCUUCAGCCAGCCUGCCCAAAUGGUUCUGUCCUUUGUUCUCAGCUAUUCCAAGCCUUGUGCCAAAGGCCCCAAACUCUUCUGUGACAUCACACCCAGCACAGGCACCAACUUCUAGGGGCCAAGGCAGUUUCGGCCCCCUGAAUUUUUUCUUUUUUUUUUGAGAGGCAGCCACCCUCAAUAUUCAGAUGGUGUUGCACAUGGGACAUCAGCACAUUGCACAAUGUCGCAUUGCCCCCCAAUCCUCUGCAGAGGCUCCUUGGACAUCCAGUUACCCUGCCAACCUUCCAACCCCACCUCCCCAUAUCUGUUCACCCCUCAAGGCAGGGGAAAGGACUCUUGCCUUGCCAAUGGCUCUGUGUUGUUUUUAAUGGCCCUACAUUGUCAGGUUAUUUUGCAUAAGCUAGCCCAGGAAUACUUCUGCAGCUUGUAUUUUGCCUUCAUAUCCCAAAUAAUCAGAAUUCUACCAUUUAUUAAUUUAUUGGGUUUAGGGAGGUCCCCUUUCUAGCACCAAUAAAGUUGAUGCUCCAUAGGAAGCUCACAAAAAAGAAUACAAUAUAUGACAUUAUGGUAACUAUACUGCCUCACCUCCGCGAGCUACAGGAUAAAACUACAAACUUAUGCUGAAUCAUCUGCAGGCAAAUAUUGCUACUGAAGAGAUUUGUUUCGUUAAUGUACAACAUAAACUCAUUUGGCCCUAUUCUUAUCUAUUUAGUAAGUUUGAAUGUAGCCCCGGUCAUAAGAUCAGCGGAGAACAUUAAUUAAACAUUUACCUGAUGCUUGGAAUCAGUGAUGCUGUGGGCUACACCAAUAUUAUACUCAGCAACAUCUGAUUUUGUGCAUUAGGCAUACAGUAUAUCAAAGUCAGGGCUUCUUGUUACCAUGACAGGAACGAUGAAUUCAAGGUCUCAACGAGCCACUGGCCUUGCCUUUUUGUUCUGUGUUGCUUGUUCUAGUUAACAUUUUAAAAUUUAAGGGUUACAGAAGCACACCACAUAAUUGUGCUAAAUCAUCUUCAACACCUCUUGCUGCUGAAGAGUUUUCUUUUUUGUUGUUGUUAACGUACGACAUGAACUUGGUUGGCCCUGUUCUUAGCUGUUCAAUAUUAUUUCAUGCACAGCCUUUGGUCCUGAUAAAAGUAGUGUCAGUGGAGGGCACACAUUAAACAUUUACUUGAUGCUUAGUAUGAGUGAGUCCAUUGGCUGCACCAACGUUAUACUUGCAACAUCUGCUUUCAUAUAUUAGGCACAAAGCGUGUAAGGAAGUCAGGACUUCUUGAUACCACGAUGGCCAGGCUGAAUUCAAGGUCUCAACUGGUUGCUGGACUUGCCUUUUGGUUCUGUUUCUGGCAUUGUGCCGAAAGUGGGAAGCUGUUGGUGUUGCCUCAAGAUGGAAGUCACUGGCUGAGCAUGCAAAUAGCAGUAGAGAAGCUUGCGCAAAAAGGACAUGAGGUUGUGGUUGUGAUGCCAGAAAACACUUUGGUCAUGAAAACGUCUUCUGAGCAUUUUACUGUAAGAACACAUUCCGUGCCUUACACCCAGGAGCAGUUGGAUGAAUUUUACAGGGCAAUAGGUGAGAAUAUUUUUAAUAAUGCUCACCUCUUGGAGAAGGUUGUUCAGUUCUAUAGAAAUGUAUCUCGUAGUGUUUCCAUGUAUGUUUCUGCUUGUCGUCAUCUUUUAUACGACAAAGAACUCAUCCACUUCCUCCAGCAGAGCAACUUUGAUGCUGUGUUUUCUGAUCCUGUGCUGCCUUGUGCUCCAAUCCUUGCUGAAUAUCUUUCCUUGCCUAGAGUCUACUUCUUACGUGGACUUCCAUGUCAUUUGGACUUCCAAGCUGCUCAGUGUCCAAGCCCCAUUUCUUAUAUUCCACAGGGUUUUACAACUUACUCGGAUCAUAUGACAUUUACUGAGCGUGUGAAGAAUGUUUUAAUGACUCAGUUCAAUUCUUUAGUUUGCUACUUAUUUUAUGAAAAAUAUGAACAGCUUGCUACUGAGUUUCUGCAGAGGAAGAUUACAGCCUUGGAACUUUUUAGUAAAACAUCCGUUUGGUUGCUGAGGUAUGACUUUGCAUUUGAUUACCCCAGACCUGUGAUGCCCAACAUGGUCUUUAUUGGAGGGAUUAAUUGUGCCCAGAAGAAGCCAUUAUCCAAGGUUUGUAACACUUUAUCAUGACAUUUGUAGUUAUUUUAUUGGUGUUACGCCCUCUGUCUUUCUGUAUGUCAGCUACAGCAAUUUAUUGUAGCUCAGUGGUAGAGCUUUCCAUCAGAAGAUUCCAGGUCCCCUGGGGCAUCUCCAGGUAGGGCAGGAAAAGACCCCUUUCUGAAGCCCAGGAGAGCAGCUUCCAAUCCAUGCAGAAUAUACUGAGCUACACAGAACCGAGGUCUUACUCAGUAAAUCGAGAUUCCUAUGCAGUUCUUUUUUUCUAGACAAAACAGUGCUGGCUGGGGGCAGGUCGCACAGAGGGUGAAGAUUGCCCUCUCUGCCCUCUAUUCUUCACCUCCAGGCGAGCACGUGUGGGACACGCAGAGGGGGGCAUGACGUGACAUCACAAAACACUGGGCCCCCUCCAUGUGGGAGGCAACGUGGCGCUCCUGAAGCCACGGAGCAGGAGCUCUAGGAGGCUGAAUCAGUGGAGGAUUCAACAUCCCUUUUGAAUACAAAAGGGAAAUGUUGCAGGAAACCCACAGAAUUGGGCAGGAGUCUCAGGAAGACAUGCAUUAAAGAUUUAUUUGAACUCAUCAACCAAAUAUUUUGCUUCAGGACAAUUGUUUAUAGGUGGAUAUUUUUGAUGGGGAGGAUUGCUUCCUUCUCACAUUCUCACAUUCACAAACUUGAACUACAGACCUGAAUGCAGAGGGGACUGGUUUAAAUCAAAGCAAUUAAAAAAAAAAAUCACAGAGAGGACCAGCUUAAACAAUUACAACAAAUUGACGAUCUGAAAAUCCAACUUUUUUUUUUUAACAAACAUGCCUACUAAACUGGUUGCUAUAACUUUUGAAAUUAGUGAUAAUGUAGUUACCUGGUUCAGAAUGCGAAUAACAAACUUAGUUGGUCUCUGAGGUGCUACUGGAAGGAAUUUUUUUAUUUUGCAGUGUGUGUUGUGUUGUGGGGGGGGGGAGUGCCCUCCCAGCAGUGGCAGUGCUGCUGCUCAGCGGAAUGGAGGUGGAACAGAGAGUGGCAGCAGCAAAGUCACAGAGCUCUUGAUUUGUGGUGGCUGCAAAGGGGGGGUGGGGACAGAUGGCUAAACUGGGGGGGGGGGGGCAGAUAAAUACCAGUUCAAGCCAAUUGCUGAUGGGCAAAAUAGAGGCUUGUGGGGGUGUUUUUCUUUUCUUUUUGCAGAGACAUGGUAUAUAUUUUUAAACAGAAUUAACACUGGCUUCCUGUGCCAGAGCAGGCCUGCACAAGACCUCCGUGCUCUUGUUGUUGUUGUUGAAUAUUGUUACAGUAGUUAUAGCCUUCAGAUGUGUUUUUGUUGUGCCUUCAGUGUGCAGCAGCAUUUUGGUCACUGGAAAUGAAAUGGCUAGAUUGUAUUCAGCUGAGCAGCAUAUACAGGUAAGGGGUAUGAAAAUAAAAGCCCCUCCUACCCAGAGGGGUACAUGACAAACUACCUUCCCCCAAAAAUAAAGUGCACCAAAGACUCAGCUAUACAGCUGCAAAUAAAAUAUUUACGUGUGUUUUAAGUGUAAUAUACAAUGUGACACUAGAUGGCAAUAGUGAGCCUUAUGGAAAAUUCAACGUAUUUUUAAAAACACUUUUCAAAAAGCAUUUUCAGAACAGUUUUUAUAUGUGUGUAGAUUCCAUCAAAGAAGCUUCCCUGUCAGCAGUGACUACAUUUUUGUACUGGGCCAUUUUUCCUUGGUGGAUUAUCCAUGGAUUGGGAAAAUCUGGAUUAAAUGUGUAGGAAUUUGGGGAUGCCAUUUUGUUAAGGAUGAUGUGUACAUGUUGAAAAGCCUUGCUCACAUAACUAAGAGCAAAUGCACAGUAAACGGACAUGGGGAGAAGCCCUUUAUUUGUCUGGACAUGUUCCAACUUGAUUGGUAGAUCAUCAUUGCUUAUUCUAGUUAACAUUUUAAAAUCUGAGGGUUACAGAAGCACACCACAUAAUUGUGCUAAAUCAUCUUCUACAACUCUUGUGGCUGAAUAGUUUUCUUUUUUGUUGUUGUUAACGUACGACAUGAACUUGGUUGGCCCUGUUCUUAUCUGUUCAAUAUUAUUUCAUGCACAGCCUUUGGUCCUGAUAAAAGUAGCAUCAGUGAAGGGCACACAUUAAACAUUUACUUGAUGCUUAGUAUGAGUGAGUCCAUUGGCUGCACCAACGUUAUACUUGCAACAUCUGCUUUCAUAUAUAAGGCACAAAGCGUGUAAGGAAGUCAGGACUUCUUGAUACCACGAUGGCAAGGCUGAAUUCAAGGUCUCAACUGGUUGCUGGAAUUGCCUUUUGGUUCUCUUUGUGGCAUUGUGCCGAAAGUGGGAAGCUGUUGGUGUUGCCUCAAGAUGGAAGUCACUGGCUGAGCAUGCAAGUGGUAGUUGAGAUGCUUGCGCAAAAAGGACAUGAGGUUGUGGUUGUGAUGCCAGAAAACACUUUGGUCAUGCAAACGUCUUCUGAGCAUUUUACUGUAAGAACACAUUCCGUGUCUUACAGCCAGGAGAAGUUGAAUGAACUUCUGAGUUCGAUGACUGAGCAUGCUCUUAAGAAUCUGAAUUUCCUAGAGAACAUGGUACACUUGUAUAUAAACAUAUCUCAAGUUACUACCAUAUUUGUUUCUACUUGUCAGCAUCUUUUAUACGACAAAGAACUCAUCCACUUCCUCCAGCAGAGCGACUUUGAUGCUGUGUUUUCUGAUCCUGUGCUGCCUUGUGCUCCAAUCCUUGCUGAAUAUCUUUCCUUGCCUACAGUCUACUUCUUGCGUGGACUUCCAUGUCAUUUGGACUUCCAAGCUGCUCAGUGUCCAAGCCCCAUUUCUUAUAUUCCAGAGGGUUUUACAACUUACUCGGAUCAUAUGACAUUUACUGAGCGUGUGAAGAAUGUUUUAAUGUCGAUGUUAGCUUCUUUAUAUUGUUACUCAUAUUAUGGAAAAUACGAACAUCUGGCAACUGAAUUUCUGCAAAGGAAAAUUACACUCUUAGAACUUUUUGGUAAGGCAUCCAUUUGGCUAAUUAGACAAGACUUUGCAUUUGAUUACCCCAGACCGGUGAUGCCCAACUUGGUCUUCAUUGGAGGGAUUAACUGUGCCCAGAAGAAGCCAUUAUCCAAGGUUUGCAAUUCUUUAUGGUGAAAUUGUUGUUUAUUUGCUGCCUUUCGUGACCUUCUGGCACUUGCCUUAUCCUUCAUGAAUGAUAUUUCCUAUUGUACAUCUACUUAAGUGUUAGGACAUAGACAUCCUAGUUGCUCCAUUGAUGGAACAAAGCUUUUUUUUUUUCAUUACCACCAACUCUUUAGUGCAAAUGAAGUGGUAGAUUCCAGCAAUAAUAAUUUUACAGAAGAGCUAAGGCACUUUCCGGUUCGUUCAUGCACCAAAAACUCUGUUGUUCCACCAGGCAGAGGGCCUUUUCGGUGGUGGCGCCUUCCCUGUGGAACACCCUCCCACCAGAUGUCAAAGAGAACAACUACCAGGCUUUUAGAAGACAUCUGAAGGCAGUCCACUGUUUCGGGACAGCUCUUACUGUUUGAUGUAUUGUAGUAUUUAGCAAUAUUCAUUUUGAGAGCCAGAGUGGCUAGGGCAGCCUAGCCAGAUGUGCGGGUAUACAAUACAUCAUUAUUAUUAUUAUUAUUAUUAUUAUUAUUAUUAUUAUUGUUCAGAACUGAAAAGCCUGUUAGCUUUACUGCUUUCUUGAGUGCCCAUGUUGCUUCAGACCUGCAGGGGAAGGGAAUUCGCCUGAAAGGCCCAAGGAAGAAACUGGUUAGGCUGGUACUUUUACAGCUGAGUUCUACCUCCUAACUGCCACGGACUGAGCCGGAGACAUGUUCCCCAUCAGGUAUCUGUUCUGCCCCUGAGCUAUGGUACUGUCUUUUGCUGUACUGAUCACCUACCUAACUGCUGAAAAUACCUUUCAGCAAGCUGAGGGUUUGUGAAAUCUGCUAUGAGAAAAACAGAAAGUGAGUUUGGAUAGGAGAAACAGUCCCCCACAUAGCUAGGAGUUUUGAGCUGUUGCUUAGAUGCAAAGGUAGAAGCAGAAAUGCUAGCCUAGCAUUGCUUACAGUGAUGCAGGUAUUUUCUUUCUUUCUUUCUUUCUUUCUUUCUUUCUUUCUUUCUUUCUUUCUUUCUGAGAGUCAUAACCCCUGCGUAAACUGUGGGCUUACUGUAUACAACUGAACAGAUAGUGAGGAAGGUCAUCCAAUCUGCAGGGGGAGAAACAUAUGUAUGGUAUCUUUGCUAAUCUACCUUCAAGAACCGUAGUCAUCAUUAUUUGAAACCCAAGAAUUGUUCAGGUGAGCAGUGAUAAGGAAACCACCCAUGUGACCCCCCCCCCAAGUGCAGUAAGGAGCUUCCACGCCGUCAGCAACUGUGGUUUUGUACUCGGUCAUUUUUACUUAUCCAAUUAUUUAGGAAGUGGGAAAUCUAGAUUAAAUGGAAAUUGGGGGGAUGGUGCUGACUUUUUGCUCAGAAUGAUGUCAAAUGGAGAUUGCAAAAAACUCUACUAAUACACAUGACUAACAGAAAAUUGACAGUAAACUCCUGUGUGGAGCAGUCCUUUGUUUGAGUAUUUCCCAAGUGAUCUCUGGAUUGUACUGCUUAUUCUUAGUAUUUUUUUAGUUUGAGUACAGUGGUACCUCAGGUUAAGUAUUUAAUUCGUUCCAGAGGUCCAUUCUUAACCUGAAACUGUUCUUAACCUGAAGCACCACUUUAGCUAAUGGGGCCUCCUGCUGCCGCCACGCCGCCGGAGCACAAUUUCUGUUCUCAUCCUGAAGCAAAGUUCUUAACCUGAAGCACUAUUUCUGGGUUAGCGGAGUCUGUAACCUGAAGCAUAUGUAACCUGAAGCAUAUGUAACCCGAGGUACCACUGUACUGUAUUUGAUUUUUAAAAAUAAUAGUUUUAUUUGCUGGCUAAAGGGUUUUGGGGAUUUAUUUUAUUUUGUUUUAUUUUAUUUAUUCAAUGUGUAUACCACCCUUCUUCUGAAGACUUCAUGGGGGUUCACAGCAUAAAAAUACAGAACAAUACCACAAAAUACAUAACAAAACAAGAACAAAACCCAAACAAACCAAUAACCCUGAUUCCACAAAAGGACGUAGACUGUUAAUUAGCCAAAGUCCUCGUUGAUAAAGAAUGUUUUUGCCUGGCACCUAAAAAUGUAUAAUGAAGGCACCAGAUGACAUUCCACAAACAGGGAACCACUAUAGAAAAGGCCCAUUCUCAUGUUGCCACCCUCCUGGUCUCUCGUGGAGGAGGUACAUGAAGAAGUACCUCAGAGGAUGGUUGCAGGAUCUGAGUCGGUUCAUACUGAGAUAGACAGUCCUUGAGGUACUGUGGUCCUGAGCCAUUUAACCAUUUAAAACAUCAACUCAGUUGACAUUGCUCUUAUAAUUGGAUAUACAGUAGUACCUCGGGUUACAUACGCUUCAGGUUACAUAUGCUUCAGGUUACAGACUCCACUAACCCAGAAAUAGUGCUUCAAUAGAGGCCCCAUUAGCUAAAGUGGUGCUUCAGGUUAAGAACAGUUUCAGGUUAAGAACGCACCUCCAGAACGAAUUAAGUACUUAACCCGAGGUACCACUGUAUGGGCUAUUUGUCCUGGCAAGAGGUUCAGCAGAGGCAACAAAUUAAACAUUUACUUGAUGCUUAGAAUCUGUGAUCCUGUGGGCUGCACCAGUGUUUUAUUAUGCAACAUCUGCUUUCAUACAUUAGGCACACAAAGCGUAUAGCGAGUUCAGGGCUCCUUGAUUCCAUGAUAGGAAGGAUGAAUUCAAGGUCUCAUCCAGCUGCUGCUGGCCUUGCCUUUUGGUUCUGUUUGUGGCGUUGUGCUGGAAGUGGGAAGCUGUUGGUGAUGCCACAGGAUGGAAGUCACUGGCUGAGUACAGAAGUGGUAGUAGAGACGCUUAUGCAACAGGCUAGCCUGCAGACUCCUUAUCACCCAAUCCAGGUUGGUUUGCAAAACCGACCUUUGACCAAGAUUUAAACAUUCCACACUGCCUUAAUAAAUGUGUCACAGAAAAUAAAUAUUUGCAGAAGAAGAUAGGGCUAAAGGCUCGCAAGAGGCUUUGUUUCCUGUGCUGUUCGCAAUGGUUUUUUUACAUUCAUUUCAUUUUGGGUUAGAAUUAUGCCACAAUGCAACCAGCAAGAAGAUUUCUAUGCGUCAAGGCAUUUGUGUUUUGCUUACUCUCUUUUUCUGGAACCUUACGGAUGGAGGAAAGGUGUUGGUAAUACCCCAUGAUGGCAGUCACUGGCUCAGUAUCCAUCCAGUUAUGGAACAUCUUCAGCAGAGAGGACACCAAGUAGUUGUCGUUGCUCCUGAGACGAAUUUAUGGAUAAAGUCAUCUGUACAUUAUACAUUGAAAACAUUUGCCGUGCCCUACUCAAAGGAAUACUUGAAAGCAGAAUUCCAAAAGCUUGGUCACAGGAUUUUUGCACGUCAGCCUUUCCUGGAAAGAAUGACUGGGACAUUUUCAAGAAUAAGAAAUAUUACAAUGCUUCUAUAUAAUAAUUGCAAGCAGCUUUUAUACAGCAAAGAGCUGAUUUCUUACCUUAAAGAAACCAAAUUCAACAUUGUAGUUAUGGAUCCAGUGUUUCCAUGUGGGCAGAUCUUGGCUGAGUAUUUAUCCCUUCCUUCUAUUUACUACUUGCGGGGAAUUCCAUGUGGUUUAGACUUUGUGGCAACACAGUGUCCAAACCCACAUUCUUAUGUCCCAAAAUUUUUCUCGGGCAAUACAGAUCACAUGAACUUUAAACAGAGAGUGAAGAAUUUUUUAAUCGGCUCGCUGGAAUUCAUGAUAUGCCAUUUUCUUUAUUCACCCUAUGGAGCACUGAACAAGGAAUUCCUGCACCAAGAUGUGACAGUAGCAGACCUUUAUAGUCAAGCAUCAAUUUGGCUUCUGCGCUAUGACUUUGUUUUUGAAUAUCCCAGACCUAUCAUGCCGAACAUGGUCUUCAUUGGGGGUAUAAACUGUGCAAAGGAAAAUCCACUAACUCAGGUUGGAAUCCACCUCUCCACUCCCCCUUACUGAGACGGUUCAAAACUUCAGUUUAAAAAUGGAGGAUGAGAAAGGGAUUAGGAUUGAGAUAUUUCAGUAGACUGGAAAAGUUAAUACAGUGGUGCCUCGCAAGACGAAAUUAAUCCGUUCUGUGAGUGUCUUCGUCUAGCGGUUUUUUCGUCUUGCGAAGCAACCCUAUUAGCGGCUUAGCGGAUUAGUGCUAUUAGCAGUUUAGCGGCUAUUAAAGGCUUAUCGGUUUAGUGGAUUAGCUGCUAAAAGGCUAUUAGCGGCUUAGCGGCUUAGAAAAAGGGGGGGGGCGGAAAAAAAUCUCAAGACUCGCAAGACAUUUUCGCCAUCUCCCUUUUGACAUAAUAUCAGAAUGUCUGCGGCCAUACUACCCUGAACACGCCCGAUCUUGUCUGGUCUCGGAAGCUAAGCAGGGUCAGGCCUGGUUAGUACUUGGAAGGGAGACUUAAUAUUGGAAUCAAGAGGCACAAUGCAAUUACCAAGCAGCAGAUUUAAAAUAAUAUGCACAGAGGCUCUGGGCUUAUAAAUCCUAAUGCCUAAUACCUUAGCUGAGCUUAGCGAACCGCCUUAUUAUAUCAUAUUUAUGUCAGUCUGCUACCUUGCUUUGCUGAUGUGGAAAACUUUAUUGUGUAUUAUUUUUAUUGGUUGCUGUACUUAUUGCAUUUGUGUUUUCUGUUGUAACCUGCUCUGUGAUGACUUCUGGGAUGAAGAGCAAUUUAGAAAUAUCCUAAAUGAAUGAACGCAUAUGAUAUGUUGUUAGAGAGAUUCCUGAAAUUCAAUAUCCUGACCGAUGUCUAAGACUGAAUGUGAGGGCAGGUGGGCCAUUAGGCCGGUCUAGGACAAUUCUUCUCAGGGGCAAAAGAAAAAUGUAAUCCAGGGCAGAGGAGAGAGGAGGAGGAGGAGGAGGAGGAGGAGAGGCUGCCACUAUUACAGUAGUGGCAAAACAACAACAGCAAAAGUAAGGGGAGGGGAGAGGAAGAGUCCCUGCUGGGGAGGGGCAGAGGAGAGACGGGGGCAACAGGAGGGCCUACACAGAAGGAUUUGUUCUGGAUCCGACACUGCCCCCCCCCAACAGAUCUGGUCCUAGAAAUGGUCUAAUGUUCACACACACACACACACUUGCCCAGCAAAGGUUACUUUUUCAUUUAGCUUUUUGGGAGAGAUGAAAAUAUUCCCACGUGACGCAGAAUGCUGACCAAAAGUUUCUUUGUUUGUUUUGCCUAGGAAUUUGAAGCCAUAGUAAACAGUUCUGGCGAACAUGGCAUUGUGGUGUUUUCCUUGGGUUCAAUGGUUUCUGAAAUUCCAAUGAAAAAAGCUAUGGAAAUUGCUGAAGCGUUUGGAACAAUACCUCAGACGGUAAGAAGGAAAAAUGGUAUUCACGUAGGAUGUUAAAUAUUUUGGUUCAUUUUGCAUGUGUUGCUGUCUGCUUUAAAAGUGGUUCCGAAGCUGAAGUUGACACACAACCCUUUGCCUCACUCCAACAAGCAAUCUUGCAGCUUGACACAGCAUGAACCGGGAAGCUGUUCACAUACAGCUCUUUAGAAAUAUUGCCAUGGUAAUUUAGAUGCCAGCUGCUGGCUCAGACCCUCCUCAAAAGCUACAGCUGAUAUUGCUGCAAGAAGACAAGAGGGGAACAAGAUGUGAAUAGUUCCCUGACAGUUGUCACGUUUGGCUGCAUUCCAGAUAAAGCUGCCAGAGUUGAGCCCUCGGCGGGUUCCCUAAUUGUACAGCAACCGCAAGUGGAACAAUGCAGAAAACCCUGCUGAUCUUCAUAACCAACAUUCUGCAACUAAAUUUCAGAUCAUAUGGACUAGGUCUUGUUUCUUUAAGUUGGGGAGGGUGGGCUAAAAGAUUAUCCAUGCACACCACCUCAAAUCCAGAGGCUAGAGACAUCUGUUGGAAAAAGUUUUAGUGAUGAUAGAUUGUAGUAUAGCCAUGUCAGCUAAUCAAUUACCAGUCCAGAAACUGGUGAAAUUUUGCCUCCUCUGCAUUUUCUGCUACCAUAACAUGAGACUUCUUUUCUCAUUCCUCUGAGAAUACAGCUCCUUCACUGCUAAGAAGUGAAAGGAGUCAAUAGUAAAUGGAUUUCCCAAACUUGCCUCAUCCUUCUUGGAAGUAAGAAAUAGCUGCUUUAGCGGCCUCCAUCAUGUUGCCCUUUCUCAGACUUCCUAAACCUGGUGCCUUCCAGAUGCCUUUGACUAGAGCUCCCAUCUGCCCCAGCCAGCGUGGCCAGUGGUCAGGGAAGACGGGAGCUGUAGUUCAGAACAACUGGAGGGCAUCGCGGUGGUGUGGAAGAAACCAUGUUGCCAUGGUAAUAUAAAAAUAGGCUCUGUCAGUGCCUGGAUUAUUAUUUAUUUAUUUAUUAUUUAAUUUCUUGUUAAGUUUCAAAAGAAAAGGAAAGAAAUGUUUUACAAAAUUCUACAAAAUACAGUGUUACCAAACACGAUCUGAUGAAAAUAUACAAAUUCUUUAUAAAAUCAUAGAUCACUGUUGGACAAAAACAGACAUAAAAUAAAACCAAAAUAAAUAAACUACAGGUAAGUGAAUGUGUGGGAGGUAGUGACUGGAGCUCUUUAUAGCACAGACAUAAUGGUUAAACAAGAGAAAGUUACAAAACGUAGACCCUAUUAUAUCAAGGGAAAGUGAUUAAAGUAUUCAAAUGCCCUGAGUCACGGAGCCAUAUUCAUUUCUAGGCUGAGGGCGUCCUUGGCCAUGUUUCUCUUUGCUUACAACUGAAAUGAAGUCAAACUAAACAAAUACAAAAUCUUCCUUCUUUCUUUGGCCCCUAAGGACUCUCAGCUUAUUAUUUAGUUUUUCUAGCAGGGCAAUAUCACACAGUAAGAUUGGUCCCAUCUAUUUCCCCCCCAAACUGUGAUGGUCAUUCUAGCGGCAAUAAGCAGCUGUGCUAUCAGAACUUUGUGCAAAUGGUGCAAAUUUUGAUUACCCUCAAAUAUAAGCGUAAAAAUAAAAGGGUUAAUUGAGAUGUUAGGAUAAUGUGGCAGCUUAAGAUCUUAUCCAUUUCUCUGAAUGCUGUUGCUGAAAAUUCUUGCACUCUAACACAACCCCACCAUAGGUGGAUGUAUGACCCAAUUUCUGAACAUCCCCUCCAGCUCCUUGGGUAAGCUGAUGAAUUUAUAUACAAGAGUCUUCUAGUACAUUCAGCUGAUAUAUUAUGAAAAGGAGCUUUUUCCCCAUGGUAAACCAAGUAUAUUCAGUUAUGUCACAUUCUAAAUCUGUCUUCCAGGACAUUCUUAAACCUGUUUGGUGUCUGGGAUCAUAUUUGAGGAAAGCUUUUAAAUAUUUGAAAGUAUUCCCUUUGAAUAUUGUGAAGAAAUAAUUCGUAUUAUUUUUCAGUGUCUGAAUAAUCAUGACACUAAUUCCAUAUUACUUUAUCCUAGCCUGAGAUCCCAUGCAGACUCAGAUCAUUAUAGACUUUUGGUCAUGAUUACAUGCUAUUUUAUGAGAUAAAUUAUUGAGAGUGGUUUGUGUUUUGGUUUUUUGUAAGCUUUUACUUUUUUUUAAAGUCACAGAGAGUAUGCAAUAUUCUUUGUUUCUGUUUAUAAUUGCCUAACUUAGGGCGAAGCAUUUGCAAUGAAUUAUCUUCCGUCUGUUAUCUACUGAAAUGUGUUGGAUUUAGACACAAGACCUGGAUUGAAAUCCUAGCUAACUCUUUGGCCUGGUUCACACCUCACGGCAAGGCAAACUAUGUGAUGGUACCUGAAGACGAACUCACACAUGCUUUUCUCCUCGUUGGUUUUUUAACCUGAGCUUGGCAUGGCAGCUAAGCCAAGGUUUGGCAUAGAAUGUCAUCUGAACUGAGAAUUGUAGCUAAGGUCUCCGUUCCUUAACUACAUUCUGUAACCAAGGUCUGUCCACAUAGUUUCCUGGUUUGGAUGAAAUAAGGUACCAUGGUUAAUCUUGGCUUGAUUUCUUGGGCUAAGAAGGGAGUAGCAAAGGGGUUGCAUGCAGGGGCAAAAGGCUUGUUAGUAUCUCAGCCUGUGAAGCUGAGAUAUGAUCAUCCAAACACCGCCACUGGGUGUUAAGUAGACCUGAAGUCUCCAUCAGUAAAUUGGGAAUAGUACUGCUCUAAGGAUAGUUGAUAUAUGUUAUUCAGUUUUGGAUAAAGAAUAGGACUAUAACCUUUUAAAAAUGUAUUAAUUUUAGUCCAUUCUUUUAAAAAUAUUUAUUAUUUAUUUAAUUGAAAUCAUAUUAUUAAAUAACAUGUUUAAAAAGAAAUAAAUAGGACAUAAUACAAUUGCAUAAAAAUAAAAAUUAAACACACACAAAAUAAAAGGAUACAAAUAUGCAUUCACAACCCCUGGGGAAAAUAAGAAGUAUUGAUAUUUCAUUCUUAAGUUAAACUUAUGUAUGGGUAAAAACUAGAAGUGCACUUUCAUUCUUUUAUAUACAGGCAGUACCUUAUUUAUUUGUUGUUAACCGAUAUCCCACCUUUCCAGCUAAUGGGGCUCUUUGAAGAGGCAUUGCACCCUACGUAAGAGAUAUGAGAGAAUGCUUGUUCAAGUGCAAUUUGAAGUUUUUGUAAGCGAAGUGAAAAGAUACAUUUCCUAAUCUAUGUGUUUCCUUCCUCGUGAAGGUGCUAUGGAGAUAUACAGGAGAAACACCCCCAAAUCUUGCAAAGAACACAAAGCUUGUGAAGUGGCUACCACAAAAUGAUCUGCUUGGUAUGUCUGGGACAGGAAUUUUGUUGUUGUCUAUAACCAGCCCUUAGUGCUGCUUCAAUGCCAUUAGCCUCUUAGCAAUACCAUGAGAGAGUGUAUCUAAAUACUGUUUAGCAAAGUGUAAAGUAAUGUGAUGUUGGAUGGACAUGCUCCCACAUUGCUCUUGGUCAUGUACACUCAUAGCAAAGCCCUGUAGCUGCAAAAGCUGGGCUAGGAAAAGAAAACCCUGCCUGGCGCUUUAUGCUCAUAGUGUGCAUAAAAAACUAAGGAAAUAGUUGAAAGGACAGUGGGCACAGAUGCCAAAAUGUGAGCCAUGAAAUAGGGGUGAGGGGGAAAUUUCAUUCAGUUCGCAUUUAAAGGCAAGCUUACUUCAUUCGCACUAUCCAAAACAAUCUGUGAACUGAAUCACAGCCGUCCUUCAAAAUUCACACGGCUCUGUAUUCCGCAAUGCAGGUAAUGUACAAAAUGUAUAUACUAUGUUGAGGCAUGCAUAAAAAUGCUGAAAGUAGUAAAAAUAACCUACAGGAAUCCAUUAUAUUAGGAGAAAUUCACACUAAAACUUUGGCAAGUUUUCGUGGUAACUAAUAAUAAUAAUAAUAAUAAUAAUAAUAAUUGCAAACUGGCGUAGAAGUAUGGAGAACUGAACAUAAGACUGGUAAGAUGAGAAACUGGGAGAAACCAAAACUGACUGAUUUGCUCAUCCUUACCCAUACCCACUUGCUGGAGUGAAAAUUGCAUUCAGUUCUGUUGAAAACAAUGACUGACCAAAGUACCAUUGGCUUUAAUGGAAUUUAGCACUAAACUAGACAGGAUACUGGAGGCAGCUGAUAUCCUGCUUUCUACAGGUGCACGCUUGGUCCCAAGAGGACAGGACUUCCUGUCCAUCACUUGAUGUUCAGUGUCCCACAUCUGACAUUACAUGUGGUGUCAAAUAUGGGGCAGGUGGGUGUGGUUUGAAGAAAACAGCCUCACGGGCCAAAUCUGGUGGGUCAAUUCUGGCUCUCAGGCCAAAGGGUCUCUACCCUUUGUAUUGAAUUGAGGGAUCAGGGAUGGAGAACCCAAGCCUCUUUAUCUGGCCUUCAGGACUCAGCACAGGCCAUGCCCCCAGGCCACAUCCUUCACUGGCCCUACUCUGCACUCUACCUGCCUGGACUGGGCCCUUGAACUGUGAUAGCACCUCUUCCUUGCCUGGGUGGAGAGUGGCAGGACCCAUCACUGGUCUGGAGUCCUAGAAGGCUGUCCAUGAAGGAAUGUGACCCUUUGGCUGACUGAGGGUCCCCACCCCUGGCCUAGAUGGCCUAGAAGGGGGCCACUUCUCUCCUCCCACAGUUCUGUACCAUCCUUCUGAAAGAUAUUUUGCUAGACUGUACAUAACUGUCCAAGGAGAUCAGCUUAAUCAUAUGGCUGUUUAAUUUGAACUUCAAUUGGCUGCUUCCAUAAAAAUGCAAUUUUAAGACUUGGCCUAGAUACGUUGUCGUUAGCAGAAUGAUAAACCUGUUGUUAUUUCUCCACCUCCUGCUCUUUCCUCAACAGCUCAUCCAAAAGCCAGAGCCUUUAUCACUCAUGCUGGCUCCCAUGGGGUCUAUGAAGGAAUCUGCAAUGCAGUACCAAUGGUGCUGAUGCCGCUUUUUGGAGAUCAAAUGGACAAUGCAAAGCGGAUGGAAUCUCGAGGUGCAGGAGUGACUCUGAAUGUAGUGGACAUGACUUCCAAGGAUUUAUCUGAUGCACUGAAGGCUGUUAUUUAUGAUAAAAAGUGAGUGAUGAGUGGUACAAAAUGAGUGGUACAAAACUCAUUUUAGGGUUGGCCCAAAGUACAUUUAAAAUCAGAAUAUUCAAGGAAGUAUACCAUGGAAAUUUACUUUCUUCUUUGCUUCAGUGCCUUGUUGUCUUUCUCACUGGCAGUUGUUGGUUAUUCAGAGGAAAUAAAAUAAUGUCUGGUGACCAGGAGUGUAGCUAGGCAGGGACGGGGCGAGCGUUCUGCACCGGGCGUGGGGGGGGUGUAGGAUGCCACGGGGGUCUAAAGGGUGGCUGCUGGGGGUGGACUUCCUGGUGGGAUGGGAGCACGGCGGUUGCUUGGUGAUUCGGGUCCUGCAAGGGGGCAGAGCCACUGCUUGAAAUCAGCGGGGGUCGCUACACAGCUGCUGGUGACAGGUGAAGAAGAAAGUCUCUUCUUAACAACCCCUCUGUUUUCACUGCUUUGAUUCUUUAUCAGGACUCUGGGUCCUCUACAGUAGUUGUUUUAAAAAUGUAUUCUGUCAGACCACGGCAUUUUCAGAAGCUAAUCAGAGCAUUAUCAAAGAAAAGUUAAGUAACGGCAAGGUUCCGUAAAAGAAAGCUUUCCCUACAAUGAGCAGCUGCAAGGGAGUUUGGAGUAUCUUCUAAUGCGUAGUGCUAGCUCCCCCAAGGGGACAAUAAGUGGGGGCAGGGGGGAGGGCCAAGAAGCCGCGCCAGUGCUCCAGGUGAGCCAGUCUUCGAGUGGGUGUUUGAUUUUCGUUGUUGUGUAUACUGUGUAUAUACGGACAAUGACAAUAAAUUUAUCUAAUCUAAGUGCCCUGGAGUAUUCUCCAAAAUCCUCCAUAAUGCGCAGGAGUUUCCAGGGGUUCCUUCACAGACAGGUUGAUCUGGAAAGCAUUCCACAUUCCACAUCCGUCACAAAACACUGUCCUGCACAAUAUUCCAUCUCUGCUCCUUGCCAAUGCUGUUUCUGCCAAGGGUAGCCAGCAAAUCUGCCGUUUGCUAUUAUACCCUCUGCUGAUUCAUACAAUCCUACUUCCAGUAGGGUGGUUUACGCAGUCACUGUGGGGCAACUGAAGGGAAUGGAAAAGGACGGCCUUGCAGGAACUGUCAGGAAGCAGCAGUGAAGGCAGGGGGCAUCUCCUUCCACAUUGGGAAGUGGCCCUGUUCUUGACUACCUACCAGCUCCUGCUUCCCUCAGCAGGCCACAUUCUGUCUUUAAGAGACACUGACUGAGAUCAUCCCUCCUCCAACUGCCACCUGCUGGUGGUCACCAGUAUCAUCAGUUGCCCCACAGAAGUUCCUGGACACUGCAUCAUUCUCCAUUUUUAUCUCCAAGGACCUGUGAUUAGCAGCAGCUGUCACGUAGGAGACAGAUCAGCUAUGUGAAAGAUCCACCAGAGAAAAAUUAGGGUUCAGCUACUAAAAGCAUUGGAACUCUGGCCUCAGUCACCCUGUAUAAGCUGUAUACAGAGUAUCCCGAAGUAUCUGCACCCACAGGAACAGGGGAGGGGUUUGCAUCCCAUGUCCCCAGUCUCUCGGAACAGUAUCAACCCCACUUGGUUUUCAAAUGCUUUGGAAAUCUGCUCCUAUAUGCUGUGUGUUUUAUUUCCCUGUAAUAUUUAUUUCCUAAAGAGGUUCUUUUGUUUUAGGUAUAAAGAGAACAUCCAGCGUCUCUCGGCUCUCCACCUGGACAGGCCCAUUGAACCUCUUGACCUUGCGGUGCAUUGGGUGGAGUUUGUGAUGAAGCACAAGGGGGCUCCCCACUUGAGGCCGGCAGCACAUGACCUCAACUGGAUCCAGUAUCACUCUAUUGACGUCAUUGCCUUCCUCCUGGCUGCUGUACUCCUUGCCCUAUUUAUCUCACUGAAGUGCUGCCUGUUUUGCUGCAGAAAGUGUUGCUGUAAAAGUGGAAGGAUGAGCAAGAAAAGCAAAUCAAAAUCACACUGAAAUGGGGUGGGGCAUGUAAGAUGAAGAGGAACAGAAGAAACUGGGUCCUGCUCUUGGGGUUCAGAAGGCAGAGGUAGCCAACAUGAAGUCCUCCAGAGGUUUUGGAUUACAACUCCCAUCAGACCUAGCUAGCAUGGUCAGAGAUGACAGGAGCUGUGGUACAAAAUAUCUGGCAGGCACUGUGUUGUCUACCCCUUCCAAUUUUCAGGAGCUCUUAAAAACACAAACAUGAUGAUUUGCAAGGUCACUUCCAUGCCUAUAUAUGAAUUCAAACUAUUUUAGUCAAUGAACAAGCAAUCUGAUAGCCAAGGGACCUGUGAACUUCCAUACAAAUCCCACAGUUCUGUAGUCAAUUGAUCUGUUGGGGAAUCAAUUGUUUGCAUAACUUAUCUUGAACUGAUGGGUUGAGGUCCACACAUGGGGUCAGUGGUGCCACCAGCGUUUUUGAGGGAGGUUUAUUUUAACAGGAAGAGAAAGAUGGAAAACACAAUGUUCAGACAGCAGAGAAAGGAAGUUGGGCUACCUUUAACAAUUGAGUGAGAGAGUGGACUCUGACAAGUGGAGCGCAUUGCACAGGGUUGAUAAAAGCUGCUUAUGGGAAUGCCGCCUUCCAUAGGAACCCCCUGCCCCCUCAUCCUGGAAAGAGAAGAACAAGGUAUGGCCUUAUAAUGCCACUAAAUAUAAGGAGAAGGAGGACAGGCAUAUGCAAUAUAUUUAAAGUGGAACCUGCUUUGCUGGUGGACCUGAGAAGGUUGGCUAUUAAUGGCAUACAUGAGCCGUUCCCGUGUUAGUUGAGUGGGCUACUGGUGUCUAAAGUCAAUCCAAGUCCAAGCACUUUCAAAACAUAAAUGCCUUCACAGAUGACCCUCUCCCUUUGGAAUGGCAGCACAGCCAUGUUUGUUGGCUGCAAGUGUUAAUUAGAACAUUAGAACAAACUCCUGUUUCCCCUCCUACUUCAGAAAUGUUGUUGUGACAGCAUCUCCUGUAAUAUUAAGAAGACAGUGAACAUCCUUGUGAGCACCUUACUAAUACUGCGGGUUUGGCUGUCUAUAAGGGGCCCUGUUCAGAAACCUCCUGUACAUAGAAACGUAAGGCCAGUGGUCCGUUUAAUCCAGCAUCCUGUUUUCAUGGUGGUCACUUUGGAUACCCGUGGGAAACUGGCAAGCCAGGACCCAAGCCCAAGAACCCUCUCCCCUCCUGUGGGUUCCAGCAACUGGUGUUCAGAAUUAUUACAGCUUCCACCCAUGGAGACAGAGCAGGGCCAUUAUGGCUAGUGGCCAUUGGGAGUCUCCUCCUCCUCCUCCUCCUCCAUGAACAUGUUUGAUCCUCUUCUAAAGCCAUCCAGGGUGGUGGCCGCACUGCCUCUUGGGGGAGGGAAUUCCAUAGUUUAACUAUGAGCUGUGUGAACAAAUACUUUAUCUGCCCUGAAUCUUCCAAUAUUUGGCUUCGUUAGGUGUCCAUUAUGUCUAGUCUUAUGAGACAGAGACAGAUAUUCAGAAACUUGGAACAAUAAUUUUGUGAGAUUCUUGCAUUGCAGGAGGUUAGAUUAGAUUACCCUUGGGGUCCCUUCCAACUCUAAGAAUCUGUGAUGUUUAGUUGGAAUCUCCUUUAUUGUGUCCUGAAGCCAUUGGUUUGAGUCCUACUCUCUGGAUCAGGAGAAAACAAGCUUGCUCCAUCUUCCAUGUGACAGCUCUUGAUAUUUGAAGAUGGCUGUCAUAUCUCCUCUCAGUCUCCUCUUUACUAAGCUGAACAUACCCAGCUCCUUCAACCGUUCCCCAUAAGGCUUGGUUUCCAGACCCUUGAUCAUCUUGGUUGUCCUCCUCUGCACAUGUUCCAGCUUGUCAAUAUCCUUCUUAAAUUGUGGCACAGGUGUGGUCUGACCAAGGCAGAAUAGAGUGGUACUCUUACUUCCCUUGAUUUGAACACUAUACUUCUGUUGAUGCAGCCUUGAAUGGCACUAGCUUUUUCCCCUGCUGUAUCACACUGUUGACUCAUGUUAAGCUUGUGGUCCUCUAAGACCCCAAGAUCCUUUUCAUAGAUACUACUGGCAAGCUAGGUGAAACUCUAAUUAGGCCAGCAGUUGCACCUUGGCUAGGUCACCUGGAAGAAAAAUGACCAAAUGCAAGUAUUAUUCAGAUAAAUCAGUCUCCUAACUGUAUUUAACAUACCUUCAAAGUGAGAGUUUCUCCCCCAUUUGAAAUCACUGUGCCAUGCUAAUUAAUUAAACUCUGCUGAUCUCUGUGACUGCUGUUCUGCAAAUAAAUCUCAAAUAAUAUUG